AUGAAACUCGCCGUUGCCGUCUUCGCCGUCGCCACUGCUGGCAAGAACAAGGACCCCGCCAAGCGAUUGGCUAAGCUCGAAGGACACGCCGCUACCCUCCUCGACUUGGCUGACAACAACACCACCACCUCCGACAAGAACGUCGCCCGAGCCCAGAAGUGGGUCACCCGAGUCUUCGACCAGGCCAAGGAUCUCGACACCACCUACCCAUGCCCAGAAGCUGAUGCUGACGCCGAUGAAGUCCUCGUCUUCGACCAGGAAGACUUCUGCAAGCUCAACGGUCAGCUCGCCUCUGCUCUCCGAUCCUACAUCCGAGUCUUUGGCUGCCCCGAAUCCUACCCCAAGAAGAACUUCCCCAACACCUUCGCCAAGCGAACCAACCGAAUGCGAAACAUCUUCGCCCGAAUUGCCGACUGCUAA